AUGGAAUCCAACCAAGACUAUGAUCUCACAGCUCCCAUAACAUCCACAUCGGGACUCCGUCAAGGUCUAACAUCUUACGGAGAUGCUCAUUUCUCAUUAUUUCUUCGAAAAGUGUUCAUCAAAGCAUUAGGAUAUUCAGAAGAUGCCCUUUCCCGUCCAAUUGUUGGGAUUAUCAACACGUUCUCGGGAUUCAAUCCCUGCCAUGCCAAUGUGCCCCAGCUCAUAGAAGCCGCUAAGCGUGGCGUGCAGCUCAAUGGCGGGUUGGCUAUAGAGUUUCCUACAAUUAGUGUUGCAGAGUCCUUCUCCUCGCCGACCAGCAUGUUCCUGCGGAAUCUCAUGAGCAUGGAUACAGAGGAGAUGAUCCGGGCUCAACCAUUGGAUGCGUGUAUUAUGAUUGGAGGAUGUGAUAAAACGGUUCCAGCACAAUUGAUGGGUGGCAUCUCUGCCAACAAGCCGAUACUACCUCUGAUCACUGGUCCGAUGCUACCAGGAAGUCACCGUGGUAAACGCGUGGGAGCUUGCACUGACUGCCGUAACAACUGGGCGGCGUUUCGAGCUGGCGAAAUUGAUGUCGAGGAGAUCUCGGCUAUUAAUGAAGAACUUGCCCCGACAAUAGGAACCUGUGGUGUAAUGGGAACUGCAAGCACAAUGGCCUGUGUCACCGCUGCCCUGGGAAUGAUGCCACUUCGAGGCGCAUCUGCACCAGCAGUAUCAUCUGCGAGACUGCGGAUUGCCGAAGAGACCGGCGCAAAUGCAGUUGCACUUGCCAACUCCCAGAGAAAACCCCAGGAAGUGUUGACCAAGGAAUCUUUCUGGAAUGCUAUCACGGUUCUUCAGGCCAUUGGAGGCUCAACGAACGCCGUAGUCCAUUUACUGGCUAUUGCCAAUAGGCAUCCAGAUUUGCAGGGCGUUAUCACCUUGGAUACGUUUGAGGAGAUUGGUCGCAAGACUCCACUCCUCAUUGAUCUCAAACCGAGCGGUGAGAAUUACAUGGAUGACUUUCACAAUGCUGGUGUGACGAUUACUGGACAAACACUGGGCGAGGUUCUCGAUGCGGGUCAAUCCAAAAAUCUGUCCUUCUCACAGAAAAUUAUCCGGCCAAUGUCGAAUCCCCUAUUCCCUGCAUCAUCGCUGGCGGUUUUGCGCGGUAAUCUUGCACCGGAUGGAGCGGUCCUCAAAGCAUCAGCAUCUAAAUAUAGGAAUUUACUCAGCCACACCGGGCCGGCCGUCGUCUUUGAGAAUUCAGCCGAUCUUGCUCGGCGAAUUGACGACCCAGACCUUGCCGUGACGAAAGAUAGCGUGUUGGUCUUGAAGAAUAUUGGCCCGGUCGGCAACCCAGGUAUGCCCGAAGCGGGCCUGAUACCUAUUCCAAAGAAGCUAGGCGAGGCCGGAGUCAAAGAUAUGCUGCGUCUUUCGGACGGACGAAUGUCAGGGACUGCGGGCGGAACUAUCAUCCUUCACAUUUCGCCGGAGGCUGCGCUGCCCGAGUCACCAUUUGGUGUGGUGGAGACGGGUGAUAUGAUAAUUUGCGAUAUCGAAUCUCGCAAGCUACACUUGGAUGUUCCCGAGGAAGAGAUAAAAUCUCGAAUAGAAAAACGCCAGCAGGCCCUUGCGGGAGAAACUAAGGCAAGAAAGCAGAGGAGAGGAUACCGGGGGUUGUAUGAACGGUCGGUGAACCAGGCACAAGAGGGUGUAGACUUUGAUUUCUUGACGGCUGGAGGUGCCGCUAUGAGUUUUGACCCUCUUCGCCCGCGGGGGCGCCCAGCCCACACGCCCGGCACAACUAUACUGGCUUACACGCCUGAUGGACGACGGAUUAUCACUGGCGGCUCGAAUUCGGCGAUCCGCAUCUAUACGGUCGGUGAAGAUGGAGAGCCCAAGACAAUUGAUGAGGGUGUUGACGCGCAUUUCGGUAUCGGUGCUACGGAUCGGUCUUUCAUCAUGGGUGCCGAGGAUGGAACGGUCUGGCAAUAUGACAUUUCGUCAGGCAAGAUGCAGAAUUUGCUUGUACGUUGCGCUUUGCCGGUCAGGGAUAUUGCAGUGACAAAAGACGGAGAAUGGGUUGCGGUUGCAAGCGAUGAGCUCACGGUCAAAAUUGUGAAAGUCGACGACAUGACCCAAGUGAAGUAUCUCCGGGAACAAUCGAAAGGAACGAAGCAUGUCACAUUCGACCCAAGCGGCCGCUAUGCCACAGUUUCUGGAACGGACGGAAUUCUCUACGUCUACUCUUUGCAAGAAGAGGAGCCGCAGUUGUUACGCAAACUCGAUGGAGUUAUCCGACGACUCGAGCCAGAUGCCGAGGCGACUUCUAAAGCAGUGUGGCACCCCGACGGGACAGCAUUCGCCGCCGCCGAUGCGACAAGGGAUAUUUCAAUUUAUUCCACAUCAGAGUGGAAGAAGGAGCGGACGUUUGCUAGCGGUCAUACUGGCGACAUCACGGCCCUGAGCUGGUCCCCGAAUGGAUCUCUUCUGGCAUCUGCAGGAGCAGACGGAUACAUUGUGCUCUGGGAAGCGAAGACACAGAAGAUCCUGCAACGAUUUGACUUCGGAAAUGUCGUGAAUCUGUCCUGGAAUCCGACCAAAAACAGGAAUUCGCUUUCAUUUACGACUUCAGAUGGAGAGCUUUUCAUCUACGAUAAAUUUGUGCCAAAGGACAGCGAGGCGCUGUUGCAGAAACCGCUUCAAGCAGCUCCUAUUUUGCCUGGACCUCUCGGCGAGAUCUCUAACAACGUCGGGCGCACAACGCUAGCGGAUCGGUCUAAGGAGGCCAUACAGCGAGCGGCGAGGAGAGGCAGUCCCGAUUCCCUGGAUGAUAUCCUGGGUGGGGAUGAAGAGAUGAUGGACUUUGUCGAGGAUGACGAUGGGGCUGGCUAUGCUGAUGAAGAGCUCAAUAUGUACGGCAAGCGACCAAAUGGUCAUCUCGACGACAUCGUUCUCGAGAGCAAGCGUGUAUACUCCGGUAGCUCGAAGCCCAAGGCACACCCGCCUAUUCAGCCUGGUAGCACACCCUGGGCUGGAAGCAGGAGAUAUCUUUGCCUGAACCUAACUGGAGCUGUGUGGACGGUGGAUCAAGAGACGCACCAUACUGUCACUGUGGAAUUCUAUGACCGGGAAGCGCAUCGGGAUUUCCACUUUACCGAUCCCUACAUGUACGACAAGGCUUGUUUGAAUGACAACGGAACACUAUUCGCCAACAAUCCUUCAGACGGAAGUCCGGCGACGAUCUUCUAUCGCCCACACGAGACGUGGACUGCGCGAGCGGACUGGCGGACUCAACUGCCUGAAGGAGAACAAAUUCAGGCCCUAGCACUCAGCGAUUCAUACAUUGUCGCAGUGACCUCGAAGGACUAUGUUCGAGUAUAUACUCUCUUCGGAACUCCCUUUAAGGUGUACCGACAGAAAAGCCAAGCCGUGACAUGUGCAGCAUGGCGCGACUACAUUAUGAGCAUCGGAAACGGCCCUGUCGGACCUGAUGGCGGUCACACGACAUUACGAUAUACGGUGGAGAACAUCAAGCGCGACGAGAUCUGCCAAAACGAAGAUACUGUUGCCCUUCCGGAAGGGGCUACGCUACAGAGUGUUUUCUUCUCUGAUAAUGGGGAUCCUUGCAUCUACGACUCAACCGGUGUCCUCCUAGUCCUCCAAGGAUGGCGAACCCCAGGUCAAGCCCGCUGGGUGCCCCUCCUGGACACAAAGCAAUUGGCCCGUCUCGCAGGCGGACGGAAAGAAGAAACCUACUGGCCCGUAGCCGUGGCCCAAGACAAGUUCCACUGUAUCAUCCUCAAGGGCGGCGACAAGAACCCGUACUUCCCGCGACCACUGCUCAGCGAGUUCGACUUCCAAGUUCCGAUCUCCAGUAACUCAGCGAAGGACAAUGAAAGCGAAGAGGCAGCAGCCGAGGGCGCACGAUUCGAAGAAUCGUUCGUCCGCGGGAACGUGCUCCUAUCGCUCUUCCGUGAUCUUCUAGCCUCGACGAACUCGACAGCAAGCCAGCGCGCUGAUCUUGCCCGAAGAGAACUCGAUUUGGAUAAAAACUUGCUGCAGAUGCUGGCCAUUGAAUGCAGAGAGGGCGAGGAGCGUGGAAUGAAGGCUCUCGAGCUGGUGGCUUUGAUGACUGAUCGGAAUGGCAAGAUGCUUGAAGCAGCUGCUAAGAUUGCGCAGCGGUAUGGACGGGGUGUUCUGGAGGAUAAGAUUCGUGAUCUGGCUGAGAGACGUGUUAUGGGAAUGGGUGAUGAUGAUGAAUUGGCUUGA